GCAAAAUGAGUUUGUCGGCUGCUGACAAGAAAAUCGUGACUGACUCUUGGGGACAAGUCUUCAAACCGUCCUUCAGGGAAGCGGGCGAGAAAGUAUUCCUCAAGCUUUUGAAGAACGAAUCCAUCAAGGCGAACUUCAAGAAGUUCAAGGACAUUCCGUACAGCCAGCUGGCCGGUUCGGGCGUGGUUCGUGACCAUGGGGAGAAGGUGCUGCAGGUGUUGGACGACUUCAUCACAGGUCUGGACGGGAGUGGGGAGGAGGCCGUGAAGAAAGUCGCGCGCAUGCACAAGGGCGAGGGGAUACCACACGACAAGAUAGAGCUGAUGAAGCCAGCCAUUCUUGAGGUGUUGGACGAAGCUGGUUGUGGCGGCGCCAAGGGAGCCUGGACCAAACUGUGGGACCGCUUCAUGGCCAUUCACCGCUCGGUCUACUGAGAGCGCCCCCUGACGUGGCCUUUGAGCAACGCAACGAAACGUCGCGUGCACGAAGCGUCACCUGCAGUUGGUUUUAAUAGUAAAAGCUUGUCGCUUGGACUUGUC